AUGUGGGAGCUACGGUCUGUGGAUUUUAUUCGUGCUGUUUUUGCAGAAUUUUUUGCUACUCUAUUAUUUGUUUUGUUUGGUUUAGGUUCAGCACUUAGCUGGCCAGGGGUAAAUCCUAGUGACCUUCAGAUUGCUCUGGCAUUUGGGCUUGGCAUUGCCACUUUAGUUCAGACAAUUGGUCACAUAAGCGGCGCUCACAUUAAUCCGGCUGUCACUUUAGCAUUUCUGGUUGGGUCACACAUUUCUUUCUUACGAGCAACGUUUUACAUAGGUGCUCAACUGUUAGGAGCAGUAUCUGGAGCAGCUUUAUUGCAAGAGGUUACACCUUUCCAUGCCAGAGGAAAUUUAUCAAUAAAUGGGGUUUUUAAUAACACAACCCCUGCAACAGCUCUCACUGUAGAGCUUUUUUUGACUCUCCAGUUGGUCUUAUGCAUUUUUGCCUCUACUGAUGACCGAAGAACUGACAAUAUUGGUUCUCCAGCUCUGUCUAUUGGUCUUUCUGUGGUUUUUGGGCAUCUAGUUGGUAUAAACUACACUGGUUGUUCAAUGAACCCAGCAAGAUCAUUUGCACCUGCAGUUGUGACAGGGAAUUUCAAUGACCAUUGGGUCUUCUGGUUAGGACCUCUGAUUGGUGCUGUGUUGGCAUCUGUGAUUUAUAAUUACAUUCUUUUCCCCAAUACUAAGACUUUAUCUGAAAAGCUGGCAAUCCUGAAAGGCGCGCUUGAGCCCGAGGAGGACUGGGACGAAAGAGAAGUUCGGAGGAGGCAAUCUGUAGAGCUUCAUUCACCACACAGAAAUGGAAUGUCAGAAAAAAUCUAA